UCCAACAGAAUUAUAUCCAAACAAGCUGAUAAGGAAAAUAGUAUAUGACAACAUUUCUAUAAGAAAAAUUAGUGCGCGAAAUAAAUUAAAAUAUCAUCGAACAUAGAAAAUUAAUUAUAAUAGAAAAUAUACGGAUAUGCUUCUCUUCUCUCCUCCUCUCUCUUCGCCACUUCCCGUUCGAGAACUCGCUGAUUCAGAUUUUCUUUCUUAGUACACCCUGAAAAUUUUCUAGGAAAGGGCAGAAACAGGAAACACCAAAGGCCAAAAUCUCUCUUCGAUUGGAGAAAAGGGGGCGAAAGAGAAGAAAAAAAAAAGCUUCAAAUCGGAGUCGGGAAAACGGGAAGAUUCAGAUACUCUGUCUCCUUGUUCGCCGUCUCUCUGGUUCCUUCCUAUCCUUAAAUGGAAGCUGACGUCUCUAUCCUACAUCGAAUCUAAACCCUAGCUUCUUCCUCUUCCUCUUCCUUUCCUACUUUCCCCCUUUCUGUCCCUCUCUCUCUCUCUCUCUCUCGAUCAACGAAAUUUCAGGUGUUCUGGUGUUCGAUUUUUCCAGCUACCGAUGGAGAAACGAGUAGUUGUAGAGCUUCUAUUGUUGUCUUUCUUAGCCUGUUGUUGUUUCAUGACUUCAGCGAGUGUGGUUCUGAUGGGGAAUAACGUCACCAUGUCUUUCGAUGACAUUGAAGCUAAUUUCGCUCCGCUGGUGAAGGGUUCGGGCGAAUGCGGAGUGUUGUAUGUAGCAGAGCCUCUUGAUGCCUGUUCAGAUUUGACUAAUAAAGUUGUGAACGCUUCGAAUUCGAGCUCGCAAUUUGUGCUGAUGAUAAGAGGAGGGUGCAGCUUUGAAGAUAAAGUUAGGAGAGCACAGCAAGCUGGGUUCCAUGCUGCGAUUGUCUACGAUGAUGAAGACAGUGGUUUAUUGGUUGCAAUGGCAGGGAACUCAGCUGGCAUAAGAAUACAUGCAGUCUUUGUCGCAAAGUCUGCAGGCGAAACACUAAAGAAGUAUGCUGGGUGGACUAACGUGGAUAUAUGGAUAAUACCCAGCUAUGAGAAUUCAGCUUGGUCUAUCAUGGCAAUCUCUUUCAUCUCUUUGCUGGCCAUGUCAGCAGUUUUGGCCACUUGUUUCUUUGUCCGGAGGCAUCGCAUAAGAAGAGACCGUCCUCGGUCUUCUCGUGCUAGGGAAUUCCACGGGAUGAGCAAGCGCCUUGUGAAAGCAAUGCCAAGCCUCAUCUUUAGUUCUGCUGUUCAGGAGGAUAAUUGUACUUCAACAACUUGUGCCAUUUGCCUUGAAGAUUACAGUGUCGGGGAAAAGAUCCGGCUUCUGCCUUGUCGACACAAGUUCCAUGCUUUAUGUGUCGAUUCUUGGCUUACAUCAUGGAGAACAUUCUGUCCCGUGUGCAAGAGAGAUGCAAGGACGAGCACAGGGGAGCCACCAGCAUCUGAAUCCACACCAUUGCUCUCAUCAAACCCGUCUUCGGUAGCUUCCUCUUCUGUUCUAUCAUCCUUUAGAUCCACAACAUCGUCAGCUAUAAGAAUCGGUCAGCCAUCUCGGUCCCCGUCAGUUUCUCAUUUCCCUUCGUACUCCGGUGGUACCCCUUAUGCCCCGCAGUCCUCCGUUGGCUCGUGCCAUCAAUCAUCAUAUUCCCUCAGCAUGAGCCGAAGCAAUGCCGAUCUAAGGAACAUGUCUUCACAUCGAUCUCAAGCUUCUCAUUUGAUUUCUCCCUACGGCUACCCUUCCAUGUCGCCCCUGAACACGGCGCGCUACAUGUCUGUAUACAACCCUAGUCCAAGCAAUGCCUCGCCGAACUUAUUGGGAUCCACGAGUUAUCAGCCUCGCCCUCUACAUUGUAGCGAAUCUAAUGCGAGCUUAGUGGGAUCCACGAGUUAUCAGCCUCGCCCUCUACAUUGUAGCGAAUCUAAUGCGAGCUUAGUGGGAUCCACCAGUUAUCAGCCCCGCCCUCUACAUUGCAGCGAAUCUUAUGCGAGCUUCUCACCGUUUGCUUCUACCCACUCCCUUCCUGACUGUUGAAAGCCAGGUUUUGGAACUUUUGUUUGACCUUGUCAUGGUAUAAGGAAGUUAACCAUGUCAGUACAAUCUUCUCUACCUCUGAUGUUAUUCAUCAAUGGUGUGCUGCCUUUUUCCUUCAAAACAGGGCCCUCUUUCUCUGGUUGUAAAUUAUAGAUGGGAAUGAUACCGAGAUGGUCGAUAUUUGUUUGUAAUUGGUUUCCAUAGGGAGUUUGACAAAGAGUGUUUGUGGAAUCGAGGCAACAGGGAGAAGAGUUGAUCUUAACCAUGGAUCUAGCUUUUGGGGGUUGCUUUUUAUUUCUUUCUGGUGUGCUUUUUUUUCUGGAUGAAAUUGGUGUUCUUACUUCUUGUAAAGUGACAGAGUGACCAAAUGUUUCAUUUCGCAGUGAAUUCCUUUGGACUGGGUAGAUGGUUUAGUCUCUCUUAACAGUAAAAGUAAUUGUGGUAUGGUAAAGUAGGAGUAGGCUAAAGAAAAUGGC